GGUUUACGGCCCGAUUACAAAGUAGCGAAAAUGUGGGAGCAGAAUCCUGAGCAAAAGAUACAUAUCCACAAGCCAAAAUUUACGAAUUAUGAAACUAACGUUUAUGAUGGGAGAAUAAAAAAUAUAAACAAUUCCGUUCCGCUCGAGAAAGGAAAUCCGCCUUCCAGGAUGAAGUUGAGAGAAAGGAAAAACAAAGUACAUUAUGAGGAAAACCAGGACUCAGAUUUCUCGGAUCCCCCAGAGCCUAAGAGAGUAAAAAGACAAUCCCGGGAGGAACAAGAACUAGAAAAACAAUCUGAAGAUACAAAACUAAUGAAUGGAAUGGAGGGCGAAGAAGAAAAGUCCGUGGAUAACAUAGAUGAAAUUGAUGAUAUAGAUAAUGAAGGGAAUGAUCAUGAUGAUAACUCCAAUAUUUCUUUGGUAGCUCAGACACUACACGCACUAGAGAAACAUCGUACGGCCAGGACAGCAAUCGAAAAUAUACGCAACGCGGAUGUGAAUGAAGCUACUGCCUCUGACGAAGGCAAUAGAAAGAAAAUUACGGUUGUAGAUAUCAGUGAUGAAAAAGAUGAAGUAGACCGAUUUUUUUCUGAACCUUCUACAUCAUGUGCUUCAAAUAUCUUUAGCUCCGAAAUUUCUGACAUGUACAGCAAUGAGCAAAGAUUACAAUUAUCACCAUGUAUCCUUAAAUCUGGCAAGGACUUGACUGACAUAUGGAAUAAGUAUUUGUCCAAGAUUGACUUGCACCCAUGGAGUGUAGAACACAAUUGUAUUGUGAAAACCUUUCAGAAUGAUGUACUCAAAUCUCUUUGCUUGGAAGCAAGCUGGAA